AGCGGAUCCACUGCGGGUCCCGUUUUGAUGACGAAAAUUAAAGUAGCUGCAGUAGGUAUCUGUUCAAAUUAAUCCGGCAGGAUUUUAUUUCGGUACCUGUGUCGAAAGGGUCGUGAUGCAAAUCAGAAAACAGUGUGGCAGUUAUAAAUCUAUAUAGAAACUAUGAAAGAGCAUACAUUUGAUUUUGUUUUUAGGGAGGCGGUGCGACUGCCGAUAUUUUAGGGAGAACUUUACGGAGAAGUUUUUCUUAAUUGAGUGUAAUUGGCGGUUUCCGAGUAAUUGGUGAAAUCGGUUACUUUAUGUCGAUUAAUGUGAUCGUGAAAAAAAUGUUGAAUUUCUUUACGAAUAAAUAGGGUGUUGUUAAAGAAAGCAGUACACUGGAAGUCGCUCAGUUAGAACGUAGCUGAUUAACAUUUUUAGAGUAAUUCUAAAGUAGGGGAUCUCUACCGCUCACGACCUAUGACUGAUCUUUGAAUAAUGCAAAAGCAGUAAAAAUACAAAGGAUGGCAAGCAAUGUUUAUUAAUUAAUUUGCUUGAACCACUGCACACAUGAGUCACACUUUGCCAUCUGUCUUGCUAUUGUGUCUUUCAGGUCGCCGCUCUCUUUCUUUCUACGAAUUAAAGUAAAAUGCUCUGGAUCCGCACGCUGCCCAUUAAAAUCCAGCCGCUUGGCUGGCGUCGCUGCUCGAGCUACGUGUCCAGAAUGAGGUACUUAAUGAAUCUGAAGGAGGAUGAUGAAUUGUGUCGCCGGGCACUGCAGUCUGGUACUGUGUUGCUCUACCACAAACUGACCCCCCUGCUGCAGAGAACAGAGAGGGGAGGGUACAAGCUGCCCGUCUUCCAGGUCCCAGUUGUAAAUGGGAUGCUGGAGAAACUUGGGAAGGACGCACAGGUCAUAAACAGCUCCAUCCUGAUUGGUUGUUCGGACAGCCUCGUCGCGCAGUUUUGCCUCGAUGUCGCGGAGUUAGAGCAGAGUGCUGUGGAGGAGCUCUGCCAGGGCGUCUUCACAGACCUGAGGAAAGCCUUUUUCCUCCUGAGGAGUUCAGAGGUCCCACUUGUGACCAGGGGACAGGCCCUGCUUCGCUGGCAUCAGACCCACAGCUACUGCAGUGCCACUGGAAAACCCACCCAGCGGAACCAGGCUGGUAGCCAGCGAGUGUGUCACAGCAGCGGAAUUACAUAUUAUCCUCAGAUGGCGCCUGUGGUGAUAGUUUUAGUAUCUGACGGGGAGAGGUGUCUCUUGGCCCGGCAGCCUGCCUUCCCGCGGGGCAUGUACAGUGCACUGGCAGGGUUCUGUGACAUGGGCGAGACGGUGCUGGAGACGCUGCGGCGGGAGGUGGCUGAGGAGGUGGGCCUGGAGGUGGAGUCGGCGCAGUAUUCCAGCUCGCAGCACUGGCCCUUCCCUCAGAGCUCACUCAUGGUGGCCUGCCAUGCCACUGUCAGCCAAGGAAGCUCACAGAUAAAUCUCAGCGGGACGGAGCUUGAGGAUGCACGUUGGUUCACUCUGCAGGAAGUCCAGGAGGCCCUGCAGAGGAAUAGACCGCAGCGCGACAUCAAAGGGGAAGCUAAUGUAUUUUGGGUCCCGCCCAGUUCGGCCAUAGCCAAUCAGCUUAUACGGGAAUGGGCCAAUCAGCAGCUCAAGUGAUAGGCAACAUUCUGUGCAGGAACAUUGUGAGCCUGGAGUCUAUUCCAGGAAGCAGAGGACAGGUUACACCAUGGAUGAGAUGCCAGUACAUUUCAGGGCACACACAAACACACACACUCACACACAAACACACACACACCCUACAGGCAGUUCAACUAAUUGCACGUAUUUGCACCAUGGGAGGAAACUGAAUUAACCGGAGGAAACCACAAAUGGGGGGGGGGGGGGGAUAUGCAAGUUCCAAAUACAAAGACCUGGGGGGGUGGGUUCGAGGUGAAAUUUUAUCAGGGCCCCAGAAUUUCCAGCUACGCCCCCUGGUGGUGGGAUGUCCUGCACCUAGUGAUACUGACAGAACGUAAAAUUCCCAAUCACAGGAUUGCAACCUCUGUAUAUUAUAAACACUGAAUUUAUAUACAAUACUUUUUAGCAUGUUUUGGGUGAUAAAAUGUACUGUUUAUGUGUGUAUCAAACGAGUUUCCUUUGUUUUUUAAUUGUAAAUAGAUAUUAAUCUGGUUAUUGUGUGAGCUAGAUCAUUUACAAGCAGGCAGAUUUUAAGUAAUACUGGUGCCUGGGCCUGUAACAGGUGCCGUAGUUUACUGAAAUAUCUCCGGAAAAUGAUGUUUACGGUGCUAAUGCCUUAAAUUCUUUGAUAGUGACUCCUGACGAAAGCAUAUAAGAAAUAAAGGAAAAUAUACAAUAA